UUGUCGGAAAUAGAGUAGCUAGGCUAUGCCAGUAUGCCUCUAUAAAUAUUACAUACGAGUAUUCUUCAUCAAAUAUUUUCUGCAGAGCAGCAAAAGGAUGAGGUUGUUUCCUGUUUUAUAUUUUGUCUCUCUGCUACUCUAUCUAGCACUUGAAGUUCACUCGCAAGAUGAUCAAUCAGGUUUUAUAAGCAUAGACUGUGGAAUUCCAGCAGAUGCCAGCUACACAGACAGCGCAACCAACUUAAACUACGUGUCAGAUUCCGGCUUCACUGAUGCGGGUGAAAGCAAGACCAUACUACCAUAUUACAAUACUUCAGGCCUUCCACAACAGCUGGUGGCACUAAGAAGCUUUCCUCAGGGAAUUAGAAACUGUUACACCCUAAAACCUGUUCAAGGACCAAGUAAUAGGUACUUGAUUCGCGCAUGGUUUAUGUACGGAAACUAUGACUCUAAAGACGUGCUCCCGCAAUUUGAUAUUCAUCUUGGAGUUGAGAAAUGGGAUACAAUCUCAUUCAGCAAAACAACUUCUCUAGAAAGAAAAGAGAUCAUCCAUGUCCAAACAUCGGAAUAUAUUUAUGGAUGCCUGGUAAACACAGGACUUGGAACGCCUUUCAUAUCAGCACUGGAGUUAAGGUACUUCAAUACUGAGAUCAGUAACUUGUAUACAGAUGAUUUCGUAUCACUGCAGCUUUUUGGACGGGUAGAUUUUGGUCAACCACUUGAAUCAUGCAGGUACAAAGAUGACAGACAUGAUAGAAUAUGGGAUUCAAUUGAUUACAGUAAUAGUUCAAUAGUAUAUAAUCCGGAGGAGACGUUGACAGAACUAGAUUUUUAUGUACCAUAUAAGGUCAUGAGGACAGCUAUUGCACCGGACAACACAAGCAAUCCGUUGACAAUCACAUGGGAGCCUUUAAAUGUAUCUGAUCAGUUUCUCAUCUACUUGCACCUUGCUGAGGUGCAGACUUUACAAAGCAACCAGAUCAGAGAAUUCAACCUGUAUUUGAACGGAAACCUCUGGACUCCAAACAACGAGCCUGUAAUUCCUACUAAUCAGACUAGUGUAGUACGCAGUUCCGCACCUGAGUUACCAGCGUCUAAGCAUGAGAUCGUGAUGCAGAAAACCGAAAGGUCAACUCUACCCCCUAUCAUAAACGCCUUGGAGGUUUAUAGUGUUAAAAAAUUUCUGCAAUCACAAACUCAUAGUCAAGAUGCUGGUUCGAUUAUGGACAUCAAGUCGGCUUAUAAAAUUCAAAUAGAAAACUGGCAAGGAGAUCCGUGUGUCCCACAGGCGUAUGCAUGGGACGGUGUUGGAUGCAGCUAUAAUGAUUAUAAUUUUCCUAGGAUUACAACCUUAAACCUGUCCUCAAGCAGAUUGAGUGGAAAAAUUGCUUCUUCUAUUGCCAACCUCACAAUGAUAAGAUCUCUGGAUUUGUCAAACAAUAACUUGUCUGGAGAAGUACCUGAUUUCUUAUCACAACUCAUCUUCUUGAGGAUCCUAAACAUAAAAGGGAACAAUUUCAUAGGUUCAGUUCCUUCGGACCUCCUAUCAAAGUCAAAAAGUGGACAUUUGUUACUAAGCAUGGAUGCAAGUCUGGGAGGUGGAGAUACAAAUCGAUGCACAUCAUCUUCAUGCAAGAAGAGCAGUAACAAAUCUACAAUUCAGAUGGCUUCACUUGUUUCAGCGUUUGUGCUAAUCAUUAUUGCAGUAAUAAUUCUCACGUUGGUAGUAAGAAACAGAAAAGAACGUAUAAAGAUUACCUCCUUGGAGACCUUAAACCGUCAGUUCACAUACUCUGAAAUUCUAAGAAUCACUAACAAUUUGGAGAAAUCUGUCGGAGAAGGAGGAUUUGGCAAAGUAUACCAUGGUCAUAUUGGUGAUACCCAAGUUGCUGUCAAAAUGCUCUCAGCAACAUCAGCUCAAGGGUACAGGGAGUUCGAAACUGAGGCUAAGCUUCUGAUGAGAAUUCAUCACAAAAAUUUAACAGCUCUUGUUGGCUACUGUAUGGAAGACAACCACUUGGGAAUUAUCUACGAAUACAUGGCCAAUGGAGAUCUGGACGGGUAUCUAGCAGGUAGAAAGCCAUAUGUUUUGAGUUGGGAACAGAGAAUUCGGAUUGCAAUCGAUGCUGCAGAAGGCUUCGAGUAUCUGCAUCAUGGUUGCAGGCCAACAAUAAUCCACAGAGAUGUAAAAUCGACAAAUAUCUUACUUUCAGAGAAUUUUCAAGGUAAACUUGCAGAUUUUGGCUUGUCCAGAGUCAUCCCUUCUGAAGCUGGAAGUCACAUAAUUACAGAAGUUGCUAGAACUCUUGGCUACCUUGAUCCAGAGUAUUACGCAUCAAAUCGACUGACUAAGAAAAGUGAUGUUUAUAGUUUUGGAAUUGUCCUCUUGGAAAUAAUCACAGGCCGACCAGCUAGAGGGAUCGAUGAUGACAGUGAACACAUAGUUAGGUGGGUUAGCUCUAGAAUUCAACAAGGGGACAUUAAAGUUGUUGUUGAUUCAAGGAUAAGGGAAACUGCUGACAUUAAUUCUGUCCAGAAAGCUGUGGAAAUAGCAAUGUUGUGUGUAUCUAUUGCUUCCGACAACAGACCGCCUAUGAAUUUUGUGGCAACUCACUUGAAAGAGUGCUUAGAAACAGAUUUCAUUUGGAAUGAGACAAGAAGAGAAGAAUUAAUUGGAGAAAUGUCUCUUACUUUAGAAAGCAAUGGAAUAGAUUCACAAGAAUGAUCAGGCCUUCAUUUCUCACCCUCAGUGCUGGUGCUUGUUUGUUUCUUCCAGGAAAAUAUGGACGAGGGCUCAGUUUCAUUAGUGUGGUCUUUGCUGUUUUGGAUUUGUCUGCUUUACAGUUCAGUUUGUGCCAUUCACUACCUUUGUUAAGGUUUCAUUACUCUGUUUUUAUGUUUGAAUCACCUAGCCUGUGCUUAUACAUAUGUAGCUUUCGUGUUAAUAGCAUUUGCUUGUAUAUAUAUGGCUACCGCUUACAUAAUUGAACUAUUAAUUAGUCAGUUAUAUUAUGCGUUUAGCUACUGGUUUGAGCAAUGAAUAUUCUGUUAUCUUGUA